AUGGACUCCCACCGAUCGUCAGACGCGCAUCCUCGAGGCUCAACAACCUUGAUGGAGAUACUCCACUGGGAUAAGCUCUUUGAAUCGGAUGCACCCCCCAGACUUGGUAUUGAAGUCGGAAGACGUCUGCCUUACACUGCCAUGUCGGCCUUCUCAGUUGGUAUGGUCAUCGGGUCGUCUCAUGGAAGUAAAAAGUCAGCAUAUCGCUUCCGUGCCGAAAACGCUCAUCGCUUUCCCACGACAUCGACCGGAUGGUUUCAAUACCACAAAACGAAGAACUACACGGCAAUUGUUGGGGGAGUAAAAGAGGGAAUGAAGAUGGGAUUAAAACUAGGCUUCGGCGCACUUGCAUUCUGUCUAUUCGAAGAAACAGUGGAUUAUGCCCGGCAUGACCGGAGGGACUUCCUGUCUACAGUGACAGCUGGUUUAUCAUUCUCUGGCAUCUACAGUUUAUUAGCUGCUCGCACGACAAAACUGGGGCUGAAGCUGAGUCUGGUGUACGGACUUAUGCAGGACGCUCUAGAAUCCCUGAAGGGCAAUCGACCUGCUUACGUUAAUUUCCUUCUGGGAAAUCGCCGAUCGAAGACGGAAUGA